AUGGCAACGCCGGAGGCUCAAGAUGCUGCAACCAAAGAGCGAAUCGUCAAGCACAUGAACGCUGACCACGCCGACUCGAUUCGUCGAUAUCUCGAAGCCUUCAAGCAAAAGUCACUCUACCAGGUCCGCAAUGCGCGCUUGACGGAUGUCUCGCUGAACGACUUGAAGUUUGACUGCGGCGGCCAGCAACUCAUCCUUCCGUUGGAUCCGCCCAUGAAGACGCUCCGAGAAGCACGCGAGCGCCUUGUGCAAAUGGACAAGGAUGCCCUUCAAGCCUUGGGUCGCAGCGACAUCCCCAUCAACAAGUACAUCCCGCCGUACGCACCGGGUCUCCAUUUCAUCCACCUGCUCAAUUUCACACAAUGCCUGCUCACCUACAUCGUCUUCUCUCGCAAGGCCAACUUCAAACCUGGAUCACUUGUACACGACCACCUGCUGUCUCGCGUCGCCGGUUUUGGCGAAUUUUGCUUGACCAUCCAGCCUUACUUAUUCUGGAUCAUGAUUGGCAUUCAUGCAACCGAGACAGUGUUCAUGGCCAGGAAAUUGAACAGGCACGGACUAACGCCCUACGAUGGCAUCUGGUGGGCUUGGAUGGGAAGCUGCUUCGUCGAAGGCAAGACGUGCUGGAUGAGAUUGGACACAGUCAUCGAUGAGAAAUUGAAGGACAGGGAGGCGAAGAAGCAUUGA